AUGAUGGACUAUAGGACAGGACUGCUGCUUUUAACUGUCUGCUGGGCAGGUGUUGAUGGUCACACGCUGACAGAAUCUGAACCAGUGGUUAAAAGGCCUGGAGAAUCCCACAGACUGACCUGUACAACCUCUGGAUUCACAUUCAGCGACUACGAUAUGAACUGGGUCGGACUGGAGUGGGUUGCCUGGGAUGAAAAUGACAAUGACGGGAAAUCCUACUGUCAGUCAGUUCAAGGCCGGUUUACCAUCUCCAGAGACAACAGCAGGCAGCAGCUGUAUCUGCAGAUGAAUAAUCUGAAGACUGAAGAUUCUGCUGUUAAUUAUUGUGCUCGAAACUCCCCACCUACCGGCCGGGGCGGCAGUGCUAUUGAAACCUGUCACUGUGACUACUACUUUGACUACUGGGGAAAAGGAAUAAUGGUGACUGUCACAACAGCCUGUCCAACUGCACCAACUGUGUUUCCCCUGAUGCAAUGUGGUUCUGGGACUGGAGACUUGGUCACUCUCGGCUGCCUUGCCACCGGCUUCACACCCUCCUCACUGACCUACACAUGGAGCAAAAAUGGGGCUGCCUUGACGGAAUUCAUUCAGUAUCCUCCAGUACAGAAAGGGAACGUUUAUACGGGAGUCAGUCAAAUCCGAGUGAGGAGACAGGACUGGGACGCAAGGCAGACUUUCAAAUGUGCCGUGACACAUCCAGCAGGAAAUGCAGAGGCUACUGUCGUCCCACCACCACCGGUGAUUUGUAAAUUGCCAACUCUAGUGUUGGCCUCCUCUGAGAAGGAAAACGAGGUUACCUUCUCCUGCUUGGCCAAAGAUUUUUCACCAAAAGAUUAUGAGUUCAAAUGGCUGAAAAAUGAAGAGGAUAUCCCCAACAAAAUAUACGAGAUCAAAACAUGUGAUGGAAAGGAAGUGACCGAAACUAGGGUGUACAGUGCAGCAAGUUUUCUUGCAGUACCAUCCAGUGAGUGGACUGAGGACAGUAAAUUCACAUGUGUGUUUGAGGGGAAAUGUAAAGGUCAAAUAACAUUUGUGAAUUCAUCUGUGACUUACAAAGAUACAACUUGUGAGUAAAUUGUGCAAUUCAAU